CUUGACUGUGCUGUCUGCCCAUAUACAUGUAGAAUUACUCAUCACACAUCGUUCUCCAAUAGAUAUUCCCCCAAUAUAUAUCAAUAUAUUUGAAAAGAUUAUAUUUUAAUAGGACAAGAUGCCGCGACGUAAGCCCACCAUUAAGACCGAUGUGAUCGGGGAUCUGGACCUCAGUCCAGAGGUCGCCAUCGAUGACUAUCGCGUCUCUCGCCAGCAGGACCAAUUCUUCGUGAAACCGCCCAAUUGGGAUUCGGCCGGGGAUAACAUCGAGAUGCUGUACAUAGCCAAUCUCCGGGAGUACGACGCCAUGAAGCAGGUUCAGAUCCAGCUACUCAAAGAUGCCAAGCGGCAAGCCGCAUUAAAUGUGCAGCGCAUUCGCAAGAUGUACAAGAUUCAGGAGCGCCUGCGCAAACGCUUCGUCGAGGUGAAUGGAUUCAUCAAGGAUUGUGCGGACAAAAAGCGCAGUGCGGAUAAGUCGAUUCGCGAGGAGACCGUUCUCCACGCGGAGGUCACCAAGGAGAUAGACGAGUUCAAGACCUCCAUUGCCGAACUGAGCACCUUUCGCAAUGCGCUCAAGGCCACGGUGGCUCAGUUUCAGCCAUACGAGAGGGUCCUGGAGGAGGUAGUCGAGGUGUCGGACAUCUUCAUCUCAACGAAAGACUGCAUCGAUCGAUGUGACGCUCUAAUGUUGGCCCAGGUGGAGAUCAAUAAGCUGGAGAGCCAGAAACUCAACGAGAUCGAGGAGAUGCGCCUGCGAAUGGUUCAGAUCACCAGCGAGGCGGCCUUGACCGUUUUGGGCCUCAAAAACGAUCUGGCCCGUUUGGAUCGUUCCUAUGUCAGCUCGCGGGCCACUUGCCUCAAGUGGGAAAAGAUACUAAGUGCCUGCAAGGACACCACGUCGCUCUACAACCUGGACAAGGAGCGCAUGUUUGAUGGCAUUCAAAUCCUGUACCGCAUGCUCUGCAAACGUCGAGGUAUUGUUCCCAGCUACCACAGCUAUGAGAUCGACAAAAUCAUGAGCUUCAUCAUGCGCGAAAUAAGUCUUCUUUCAUCGGUCCUCCAGGAAUUGGAGUCCAAUAAGGGCGAUAAAGUCGGCGCUGGACGUAUGUGCUAGUCGGAAAAUAUAAUAUUUUUCAUGGAGCAUAAAUAAAUAAAUAAAUGAUUUUAAAUCCUUU